CGGAGGAAAAGGCUGAUGAAAAUGAACGAGAGCGAGCUCGGCUCCGCGCUGGCGGAGUACGACUUCGAGCGGCGUUUCGACGAGCGACGAGCCCUGGAAUGGAUGCAGGAAAACUGGAGCAAGUCGUUCAUGUUCUGUGGCCUGUAUGCUGCGCUCGUGUUCGGCGGUCAGCACUUCAUGAGGGAGAGGCCCAAGCUGAACCUGCGGCGCCCGUUGGUGCUGUGGUCACUCAGCCUGGCCGUCUUCAGUAUCAUAGGAGCUUUCAGGACUGGACUCUACAUGCUGCACGUCCUCACCACCAGCGGCUUCAGACAGUCGGUGUGUGACACCAGUUUCUACAGCGCCCCCGUCACCAAAUUCUGGGCCUAUGCCUUUGUUCUCAGCAAGGCCCCCGAGCUGGGUGACACGGUGUUCAUCGUCCUCCGGAAGCAGCGCCUCAUCUUUCUGCACUGGUACCACCACAUCACCGUGCUGCUCUACUCCUGGUACUCCUACAAGGACCAGGUGGCGGGCGGCGGCUGGUUCAUGACCAUGAACUACGUGGUUCACUCUUUAAUGUACACUUACUACGCAGCCCGGGCGGCCGGCCUGCGGGUUCCCCGCCCCUGCGCCAUGGUCAUCACGGCCACCCAGAUCCUGCAGAUGGCGAUGGGGCUGGCCGUGCUGGGCCUGGUUUACCACUGGAUGCACGAGGUGCGCUGUCCGUCCAACGUGGACAACAUCAAGUGGGGCUCCCUCAUGUACCUCAGCUACUUGAUCCUGUUUGCCUUGUUCUUCUACAACACCUACCUCAGAGGCUCCUCCGGGGUCAAAGGAUCCAAGGCGGAGUAGCAUGUCUGUGCUUUGCUCGGCGGUCGUGUUAAAGUGUGCCAUAAGCGGAAAUGACCGACAGUGAGGGGCCGUGAAUGUGUGAGUCGCAACUAUUCGAUUGGUUGUUCGGUCCUCCUCUCGUUAUGACAUCCUCGCCUGACUUUUCGUAGGCAUCUGUAGCUGAAAACAAUGAUACAUGCGUGGAUUUAGAGCAGUAGGAAAGAGGAGACCGGUUCGGACUCAGCACAGUUUAAUAUGAUCUCGUGAUUAGUUGUGAGUACACAAUUUAAAAUGGUUAUAGAAUCAUACGGGGAGCACCAUGUUUGUGUUUGACUAACUAAAUUUUUGCCUUGGCAACUCACACUCUUGACCAGUAUCAAAAAAACAAAACAGCCCUACGAGGGCCAAAUAUUUGUCAGAGGUGGUUAAGAAAUGUUUGUGUCUGUAUGUUGUAAUGAAAAAGUGAGUCCUUGAUGUCUCCUUAAAAGCUCUGAACUAGAAAAAAGUACUUAAAAAUUUAAAAAUGUAUUGAAGGAUUUGUUCGACGUUUUGCGAAAUACGCUUGUUGGCCCACGUCGGUCUUACGUCUGGAUUCAGGAGGGGGUUAGCCUAGCUUAGCAAAAAGACUGAAAGCAGGGGGGAAACAGCUGGCCUGGCUCUGUCCAAAGCACAAAAAAAAAAAAAA